AUGAUCACCGGCGCGACAUCGGGAAUCGGAUACGCAAUCGCAGAUCGGUUUCUGCAAGAAGGCGUCGAAAAAAUUAUACUCGUUGGUCGAUCAAAACAGAGGCUUGCGGAUACUGCUGCGCGAUUAGGAGAGUUUCUGGAGGGAGUUGAGACUGGGAACGGGAGUGAUGAGAUACUAGCAACGAGGGCGCCGGAGGAGGAUCAACAAGAAUAUACAGGGAUAGGGCUGUCGGGGGACCGCAGGGUAAGCUUUUUUGUCGGGGAUGUGUCUGAGUCUGGGCCGUGGGUACGGGAGUUGGAAGAGAAGAUGAAAGAUGUCGACAUCCUCGUCAACGCUGCAGGGAUAUCUACGACGAAUAUUCUCGCUAGAACUGACCCAGACGCUAUAUCUCACACCCUUCGUACUAACCUCGAAGGCACAAUCCUCAUCUCUCGCGCCCUGCUGCGCGCCGCAAUCCGAAGUCGUUCGAAGGACCGCAACUCCACCACAGAAAUCUCUUCAAGAUGCAUAAUAAACAUCUCCUCUCUACUCGCACACAAAGGCGGAACUGGCGCGGUGUCAUACGCUGCGUCCAAAGCCGGUGUACUUGGCCUUACCCGUUCGCUCGCGGUUGAGGCGGCCACCUCUUUGCGGGGUGUGUUUAUUCGGUCUAAUGCGAUUGUCCCGGGGUAUAUCGAUACCCCGAUGAUUGCCAAUUUCAGUGAUGCUCAAAAGACCAGUCUAAAAGAUGAGAUUCCGCUUGGUCGGUUCGGUGACCCGCAGGAAGUCGCGGACGCCGCUGUCUUCCUGGCGCAAAAUGAAUACGCUAAUAACUGCAUUCUUAAUCUCGAUGGCGGGCUGAGUGCUAUUUAG